GCGAGAAAGUCUCAAUGUGAAGAAAGAAUAUUCGACCGAUGGGUACUAUUAAAUAUAAUCAGGCAAAAAUUGCCAUCCUAACGUUGUACGUUUUAUACGAAAUAUGUUGUUGCUAUACAGGUAAAACACAUUAAAUAAUUGGUUUAAUUCUUAAGUUAAGUGAAAGUGAACGACAUAAUUUUUAGAAUCCGACAAGUUGUCCAACGAAGAGACUUACGGGAUUAUCUCCCAUAUGAUUCCGAAAUGCAAUUUCGGUGUCGAAUCAGUGUCAUACUUUUUAUACACGAGGUAACGUACGCCUCCAAUUACAUUUUAUGAAAAUUAUUACUUUUCAAUUGUUUCCAUUCGAACUAAAUAGAGAUGCACCGUAUGGGAAAGUAAUUAAAAUAGACGAUGACCAGAUACCGAUCCAUGCUAACAAACCAGUCGCAUUCCUUAUACACGGCUUCAUGUCCGAAGCCAAUAAUUCAAAUCACUUCGAACUAAUCACAGCUUGGUUACAAAAAGACGAUAUAAAUAUUUUUUCGUUAGACUGGUCAGACGCCGCGUGUGACGGAGAGUUCAGUGUUACGGACUUACUCAGUUAUAAUAGUGCCGUUAAGAAUGUUCCCAUCGUCAGCGAAUAUUUAACUAACUUUACGAUUAAAUUGGUCGAAGAGUAUGAUGUGAGGGUGGACGAAAUCUUAGUCAUCGGGCACAGUCUUGGUGCCCACGUAGCUGGACUUUCUGGGAAGAGUGUGCAAGGGAUAUUGAAGCAAAAGUAUAAACAGAUCAUCGGUCUCGAUCCUGCCGGACCUGAGUUUAAUGACAGAGAUUGUACCGAGAAACUCUGUAACUCGGAUGCUGCGUUCGUACAAGUAUUUCACACGUCGCAUUUCGCCGGAAUAAACUACGCGAUCGGUGAUGCGGACUUUUAUUUCAACGGUGGUAACACGCAACCCGGAUGUAUACUUACAGUUUGCUCUCACAGUAGAGCAGUGAUAUACCUUACCAUGAUUUUAUUACACCCGCCGUGUUUCAUAGGAACUGCUUGGACAGUGGGAUCCGAGUAAUAAAACCUUCGAUUUCUCUAUCAAUCUUAAGAUUGUUUUUCUGUCAUGUUGUUCUAAUAAAAAUGAUUAUAGAUCCAUCCUAGAUGUGAAUCAAUGCGAAGCAAAUAUUUGUACAUAUUUCGGAUUGGACACUUUCGAAGAAAUUGCCAGAGGAGUUUAUUACGUAAAUACAACAGACACCGAACCAUUUUGUAUUUUGUAAUAAAAUAUGUAUAUAUAAUUGUAAUAUACAAUGUAUAAAAUAAAAUGCAUUUCAGUGUGUUAUAUAAUUGUUCC